AUGGGAAAUAUCUGUAAUUACCUUUGUCCUCCAACUGGGAACAGAUUUUUAUCGACCUCUGAGUUAAGAACUUCACGUCAUGAUUCUGAUGUGAAAAUUUUAUGUGCUAAUGAAGUUGUACCGACAACAUCCUCUUCCUCCUCAGCAGUAAACGAUAAUUAUGAAGAUGAUGAUAAGAAUAGGAAUGAACAACAGCCAUCCGUUGCUAUUCGUGACCAAUCAUCCACGAAGUUUAUGCAAAAAUUAUCUACUACUACUGGUGUUCACAGCAGUCAACAGAGAUUACUUUCACAGUCGUCGGCGCCAGCAACAGCGAAAACACCAUCUUAUCCAUCUCAAGGUCCAAAAGUUGUAAGGGAAUAUGUGAAUUUCCCUUUUCUCACUGAUAAUGAAAUUGGAAAUUGGAUUACAAAUUGUCGUUUUAUGUUUAUACUACGUGGACCACCUGGAGCAGGAAAAUCAUUCAUUUCUGAAUGUAUACGAAUACGUUUUCCAAUGGCUAAGGUUUGCUCUGCAGAUGAUUUCUGGUAUCUAGAAUCCAAUGGCUUUGAAUAUCAAUUUGAUAUUAAUCGAUUAAAUGAAGCUCAUGAAUGGUGUCAAAAUAACGCGUAUACUGCUGCUUCGUCUGGUCAUAGUCCAAUUAUUAUUGAUAAUACAAAUGUUAGAAAUUGGGAAACACGUUAUUAUACAGAUUUAGCACGUCGUUUUAACUAUUUUGUAAUAAUGGUUAUUCCACAGACACCAUGGCGUUUUGAUGCAGAGACACUGGCAAUGCGUAAUGUACACUUUGUGAGUUUAGAAACAGUUGAAGCUAAAGUUCGUAAUUUUGAACAUAUUUAUCCAUUAUAUUAUGGUUGGUUUUGGUCUGGACCACCGAGUGAAUUAAGCCAAAAACUGGAUACAUCAUUAAAUGCAUCAACUAAAAGAUGGAAAAGUUCCAUAAAUUCAAAUCCAUGCAUUGAAGUAAAUCGUUUUCUUCAUUGGGCUUGGAAUGCACUGAAUACUAUAAUGGACCUUCCUGGUAUACGUGAAGAGUUUGCUAGUGAAUUUGGCUUACCAGAAGAUGCAACUGUACAUAAUGUGUUAAGUCAUUGGGAGUCUGCUACAAUACCUGAUUUCGGUACAGGUUUAAAGACAAGCAAAUCAUCUAGUAUCCCGCAUAUAACCGCCAAAUAUUCUCGAUUUGGACGAGCAUCCGGUGCAGAACGAUAUGCUCUACGUAGAUCUGUGAGUGAAAACCUCCUAGGGAAAUUAUUUGCAAUACAAAUUACUGGAUUAUUUAUCACUACGCGUACAAUAGGCGCUAGAGUACGACUACCGAAUGAUGAAGUUGUAAUUCGACAUCUUUGGGCUUCUGAUGAUCAAGAAGUUGUCUUCCCAGAUAACUGUGGUAUAAUGCCAAUGAAUCGUCCAACUGGUUGUCGUGCCCAUGUUACAUUGGCUUUAGCUCCUGGUGUAUCCCCAGCGGAAACUGGACGUGAUCUUCUACGUGUUGUAGAUAUGGAGUUGAAUAAUCGACCAGGUGAUCAUGUAGCUAUCAUGAAAAAUGGUUCUAUUCGUCGCCUUAUCAUGCCUAAACUACAAUUGAACAGUUCACCUGAUCAUCAAUACACUCAGACAACAAUGGGGAAUUCAAAUAAUCAUUAUCCGCAUAAUGGUAAUUAUUGUUAUCCGAGUAAUGGUGGUAUUACACAAAACUAUGUACCAGAUUAUGAAACAGUUUAUGUAUAUGACUUAGACUUCCCACAGCAUUAUCGUGUAGCUUUUGCUGCUUCAUACUGA